AUGGAAGCGCUCUACACCAGCAGCAGGAUCUAUCUGAACAGUGCGACGCGCCCGGCGGGCCUGUUCGCUGGCGGGCUGCUCAUCUCGACCGUGGACGGGCGAGUGACACGGGUCCUGGACACGCCCGGGCAGGUGAAUGCGUUUCUGCGCGCCCAUCACGACCACGAUGCCCUGGAGCACUACGAUUUCGGUGACCUGGUGCUGAUGCCCGGCCUGAUCGACACGCACGUCCACAUCAACGAGCCGGGCCGCACAGAGUGGGAGGGUUUCCACACCGCGACGAAGGCGGCCGCGGCUGGCGGCUUCACGACGCUCUGCGAUAUGCCGCUCAACUCCAUUCCGCCCACCACCAGUGUUGCCAACCUGCGCACCAAGCUGGCCGCCGCCCGCGGUAAGCUGUUCGUAGACGUCGCGUUCUGGGGAGGCCUGGUACCGGACAAUCUGCACGAGCUCCGGCGGCUGAUCGCAACCGGUGUCAUCGGCUUCAAGUGCUUCCUGUGUCCGUCCGGCGUGGACGAGUUCCCGCACGUGACCGAGGAACAGCUGCAUCUGGCGUGCCGCCUCAUAGAGGGUACCGGCGCCGUACUGGCGUUCCACGCGGAGUUGGAGUGCCAGCGACGGGCAGCGGCCCCGGCAUCGUCCAGCAUCAACCCGCUCCAGUAUCGUACGUUCCUGCAGACGCGCCCGGACAGCAUGGAGCAGCGCGCCAUCGAGCUGGUGGCCCGACUCGCCGAGCAGUACGACGUGCGAGCCCACAUCGUACACCUCUCGUCGGCUCGGGCGCUACCCACGAUUCGGCGGGCGCGAGCGAACGGGGCCCGGCUGACCGUCGAGACCUGCCACCACUACCUGGCGCUAGCGGCCGAGGACGUGCCGGACGCGGGCACCCAGUACAAGUGCUGCCCGCCGAUUCGGGGCCGCUCCAACCAGCAGCGACUGUGGGACGCGAUCUGCGCCGGCGACAUCGACCUGGUGGUGUCGGACCACUCGCCCAGCACCCCGGAGCUGAAGCUGAUGGGUGAUGGCCCCGUCGGUAAGCGGCGGGGCAACUUUUUGGACGCCUGGGGUGGCAUCGCGUCCGUGCAGUUCGGCCUGCCACUGUUCUGGACCCACUGCCAGCAGUACGGACUGACGCUGGACGAUGCGGUUCGGCUGCUCUGCACUGAGCCGGCCCGGCUUUGCAGCAUGGACGGCACGAAGGGCAGGCUCGACCCGGGCUACGACGGAGAUCUGUGCGUCUGGGAUCCGGCCGGCACGUUCACCGUGACCGAGGGCGAGAUCGAGUUCCAGCACAAGGGUACCACGCCGUACCUGCGCCGGACGCUUACCGGCGUCGUGCACGCCACGUUCCUGCGCGGCACCCCCAUCUAUCGACGCGACGGCCGCAUCUUCGGACCACCGCUCGGCAACAUCCUGCGUCGGUCGACCACCAGCACCGGCACCGGCGGCACCACCGAUCUGCUCUACAAACUGGCACACCUGGUACCGGCGGAGGACUCGCCAACCAGCACCAGCACCGAAGAGGACGACGACGAAGACCUGGAGGACUCGGUUGACCUAUAG